GUAAAUUUUGUUCUUGUUUUGUGGUUGGUCUAGGGCCCCCACCCCAGACACACUUGUUAGCAUGAAUAUGAGUCAAGCUGUAAGUUUCCACUACGACGAAAAAGAAAACGUAGCGACCAUGAUGUCCUGCCCCCUUCCUAUGCAAUUACCGAUACCGAUUCCUUCACUACACAAAACAGAAUUUGCAUCGGUUCAUAUUGGAGUUAAGCAAAUGCAAUUGUUGCACGCACCGCCGUCCACGCAUCCGCAUCCACAUCCGCAUCUGCAGCAUCCGGCGGCAGCCGCGACUGCAGCAGCCACCUAUCAGGCCUACCCCACGCCGGCCAUGCAGACCAGCAUCGUUGCCGUCCACCAGCAGCACCAACAGCAGCAGCAGCAGCACCAGCAGCAGCAGCACCAGCAGCAGGCGGCCGUCUUCCAUCAGCAGGUGGCGGUGGCCCAGGCCCAGGCCCAAGCCCAAGCCCAAGCCCAAGCCCAAGCGCAGCAUCAACAGCAGCUCCAGCAGCAGUACCACUACCAGGCACAGGCCCAAGCCCAGGCACAGGCACAGGCACAGGCCAUGCUGCAGACGUACAUGCAACUGCAGGUGAACAACGUGAGUGUGGCCGCUGCACCGGCCACGCCCACCAAGUACCAGGCCGGGACCCAGGCUGUGGGGGCGGCAGCGGCAGCGGCAGCGCCACAGUUCUUUGCGGCGCCGAGCACGCCGCUCACGAUCAUACCGGCUGGGGCGGCGGCAGUGGCCGCCUCGGCGAUGUUUGCCACGGCCGCCACGCCCACGUCCGCAGCAACGACACCGACCAACAAUGUAAAUAAUACAGUUAAUCUAUCAGCCGUAACUAGAACUACUACCACUACUACUAAGCAGCCGCCUGCGGCUGCGGCUGCUGGCAUCUGGGGCGCCGGCCUCGGCCUUGGCCCCGGCCCCGGCCGCGGCGGUGGUGCGCCCGUGCCCGUGCCCGUGCCCGUGCCCCUGCCCCUGCUCUCGCUGCUGGGCGCCAGCAGCGCCAGCAGCGGCUGCAGUUCUGCAUCUUCUGAUUGUUCUAUGCCAUCGCCAACUUCACUACACUUAUCUUCUCCUAAAAAGGUAAGGAUCGAUGAACAAUUUAUAUAUAAGCUGAACUAUUUGCGCGGAAGCGACGAACUUUUGAGUCAAGCAGCAGUCAUGGCGCCCGCUUCCGACAAUAACAAUCAGGACCUGGCCACAAAGAAGGCCAAGCUGGAACCGAGCACCGUGCUGGCCGGCGGAAUUGCCAAGGCCUCGAAAGUCAUCCACUUGCGGAACAUUCCAAACGAGUCCGGCGAAUCGGAUGUGAUCGCUCUGGGCGUACCGUUCGGUCGCGUCACAAACGUCCUCGUGCUGAAGGGCAAGAACCAGGCGUUCAUCGAGAUGGCCGACGAGAUGGCCGCCACAUCGAUGGUGUCCUGCUACACAGUGAAUCCUCCACAGAUGCGUGGACGCAUGGUCUACGUCCAGUUCUCCAAUCAUCGCGAGCUCAAAACGGAUCAGAGUCACAAUAACUCGGUGGGGCAGAGCGACUACCGCAUCCAGUCGCCGGCCGGCGGCUCUCCGCUGCCCCUGUGCGCGGCCAAUGCCACCAGCAACAAUGCCAACAACUCCGGCGACAGCAACAGCAGUGCCGUGGGCAUCUUGCAGAACAACACCAGUGCGGUGAAUGCCGGGAACAACACGAACGCGGCCAAUGCCGCCGGCGGCCCCAACACCGUGCUCCGGGUGAUUGUCGAGUCGCUGAUGUAUCCGGUCUCGCUGGACAUAUUGCAUCAGAUAUUCCAGCGGUACGGCAAGGUGCUGAAGAUCGUCACCUUCACCAAAAACAAUUCAUUCCAGGCCCUCAUCCAAUAUCCGGACGCCAACUCCGCCCAGCACGCCAAGUCCCUGCUGGACGGACAGAACAUCUACAACGGGUGCUGCACGCUCCGCAUCGACAACAGCAAGCUGACGGCCCUCAACGUGAAGUACAACAACGACAAGUCGCGCGACUUCACGAAUCCGGCGCUGCCGCCGGGCGAGCCGGGCGUCGACCUGAUGCCCACCGCUGGCGGCCUGAUGAACACCAACGAUCUGCUGCUGAUCGCCGCCCGCCAGCGGCCCUCCCUAACAGUCAAUGGAUUGGGUGCUCCUGGUGUCCUGCCACCGUUCGCCCUGGGCCUGGGCACACAGCUCACCGGCGGCUACAGCAACGCCCUGCCCAAUCUGGCCGCCUUCUCGCUGGCCAACAGCGGGGCCCUGCAGACCACCGCACCGGCCAUGCGCGGCUACUCGAAUGUAUUGCUCGUCUCGAAUUUAAAUGAGGAGAUGGUCACGCCUGAUGCUCUCUUUACCCUCUUUGGUGUAUACGGCGAUGUGCAACGUGUAAAGAUUUUGUACAACAAAAAGGACUCGGCACUCAUACAGAUGGCGGAGCCCCAGCAAGCAUACUUAGCCAUGUCUCACCUUGAUAAAUUACGUUUAUGGGGCAGGCCGAUACGUGUCAUGGCCAGCAAACACCAGGCCGUGCAGCUGCCGAAGGAGGGACAGCCGGACGCUGGCUUGACACGUGACUACUCGCAGAAUCCGCUGCACCGCUUCAAGAAGCCCGGCAGCAAGAACUACCAGAACAUCUAUCCGCCAUCGGCGACACUGCAUUUAAGUAACAUUCCCUCAUCCUGCUCCGAGGAUGACAUCAAAGAAGCCUUCACCUCAAACACUUUCGAAGUCAAAGCAUUCAAGUUUUUCCCCAAGGACCGCAAAAUGGCGCUGCUGCAGCUGUCGUCCGUGGAGGAGGCCGUCCUGGCACUAAUCAAAAUGCACAACCACCAGCUGUCCGAGUCCAACCAUUUGCGCGUGAGCUUCUCCAAGUCGAACAUCUAGAAUCCGAUUCGAGGUCAGGUUUACUGAACCUGACUGGGUGCCGGCAGCAGCUAUGUGCACC